AUGUCGACGCACAUUUCGCGUAGGGAGAAAAGUGAUGCCGAGUGUCAGAGUGUCUCAGUUAAUGCAACUACCGCUUUCCCGCAGACGAUCAUCACCGUGUCUCUCGCUGAUCUUCCUAGACGUUUGGCUGCUCAUCGUACUCAACAAGCCCGUGGGCCCCCCUUCCGCUUGGCAUCAUGCAGCGGCUCUUCUCUCUCAGCCGCCGAAAGUCCUCCCUUUCUCAUCUGGACUGCAAAGCCAUUCGGUCACCGCGCUGCGUUUUGCCAAGAAGGUCUCAGACCUCCGCCCACACCAUUCGAACCCCGUUCUACAGAGAACGCCGAAGCAUCAGCAUGGCAAUGCAUGAUAUGGGCGCAGGGCCCAUUGCUCGCCUCCAUUGGUUUCAUGUCGGAAGCUCUAAAACCUGCUGUUUGCACGUCGUCUGAGACAUAG